GAGGUUGGUCCAUUGGUACUUUUUCUAUAUUCUCCCUGCUCCUCUUCUAUUUUGUCAAUUUUCCACAUUCGAAAAUUUGGGUAGUUUUUUUCUACUCACAUGUAGGGGCGGAGGGAGCAUAGGACCAGGGGAUCACGUGCCCCACUAGUUCCUCUUUAUGUUUAAAAAUUAUCAAACAAACCACCCAUAAGAUCCCUCGCUGCACACUUUCCCAAAGACCCCAUAUACCAGCGAGCGAUUCGCCAUGGUCCAAUCGAUUGACGAGGAGCCAAGGACAACCAAUGAUGGAGCUGGAGGUGGGGGAAUAUAGACAGUUGCACUGAUGUAUGUAUCAUUGCUCGAACUCCCAUUGCCUAGUUGUCAGGCUAGUUUUCCAUCCCAUCUUGUUCGAUUGCUUAACUAACUACAGUUGACCCUUCCAAAUAGGCUAUAGCUCAAAAAAUGAUGAUGGCCAUCAGAAGGCCUGAGACCAUAUAGCCUCGGCCUGUCUAAAUGAUGGUCAGUGGUCUCUACCCAAGUAGCUGUGGCCAUGAUCCAAAGGACUCGCAACCUGUCAAUCAUGCUAUCCUUACGUUCCAACCAAUUGGCCAAUCACGCUAUCCUUACCUUUCAACCAACCUCUUCAAUUCCGCUUCUGCAGCAAUGUAUAAUCUCGGUCCCUUACUUUGAUGCCUACAGCUCAGUUUGUUUUCCAGUGAUGGUAAGACUCCGCGAAAUACUACUCUCUCGUUUUUUCAUCUUCUUCUUCUUGUGUUGUUUCUAAGUGGGCAUCAUGGCUUAUCGAGGGAAAGCGAUGUUGCCCACUCUGCUGUAA